AAUAGGUUGUUAUACAACAUUUAUUUUUCAGAAACAUCACAUUUCUCUAUUAAAGUUAAUAAAUUAAUUCCACAAAUUACAUUAAUUAUAAAAUGGAUUUAGAAAAACCAUUUUCAGAUGUAAAAUCUGAGCAGCAAGAUCAAGUUGUGGAAGAUAAUGCAAAGAAGGAGAUGAAACAAGGUGGAAUUAGAACAAUGCCUUUCAUUCUUGCAAAUGAAAUGUGCGAUAGAUUUGCGGGAGUGGGUUUCCACGCAAAUAUGAUAACAUAUUUGACACAACAACUGAAUAUGCCUCUCGUACAAGCUUCUAAUACUCUUACUAAUUUUGGUGGUACUGCAAGUUUCACUCCUCUUCUUGGUGCUUUGAUUGCUGAUUCUUUUGCUGGCCAAUUUUGGACUAUCACUUUUGGUUCCAUCUUCUACCAAUUGGGGAUGCUCAGCAUUACAAUAACAGCAAUCCUUCCAAAACUACACCCACCACCAUGCCCAACCCAAGUGAAUUGCCAAGAAGCAACAUCAUUACAACUCUCAAUCUUCUACUUAUCCCUCCUCCUAACGACAAUCGGAACAGGCGGCAUUCGCCCUUGCGUAGUCACCUUCGCGGCUAACCAGUUUGACAUGACCAAGUCGGGUGUAGCGGGGCGCAAAUGGAACUACUUCAAUUGGUAUUAUUUCUUCAUGGGGUUAGCCACAUUGACUGCUCUGACUGUUAUAGUCUACAUACAAGAUAAUAUUGGGUGGGGUUGGGGGCUAGGAAUCCCUACAAUUGCUAUGACAAUAUCUGUUAUAGUUUUUGUGUUAGGAUACAAACUUUAUAUCAAACCAAAACCAGCAGGAAGUCCUUUGGUUAGGAUUCUUCAAGUUGCUGUUGCUGCUUGGAAGAAAAGGAAUGUUGAUCUGCCUGUUGAGUCUUGUUUGUUGUAUGAAAAUCAUAAGCUUGAUGCUGCUAUUUCUACUGAUGGGAGACUCCUGCACACUGAUCAGUACAAGUGGCUGGACAAAGCAGCAAUAGUAACAGAAAGAGAUCAAGUAAAAGAUUCAUCACCACCAAACUUAUGGAAUUUAGCCACAGUCCAUAGAGUGGAAGAGCUUAAAUCCAUCGUCCGAGUGUUGCCAAUCUGGGCUGCUGGGAUUCUACUCGUGACUGCGUCUUCUCAUCAAGGAAGCUUCGUGCUCCAACAAGCACGAACAAUGGACCGUCACCUUACCUCAUCAUUCGAAAUACCUCCAGCUAGUUUAUCAAUCUUUAGCAUCGGAACUAUGCUUACCGGGCUUGUUUUAUACGAGCGCCUAUUCGUUCCCUUUGUGCGAAGAUUCACUGGAAAUCCAUCAGGCAUAACUUGUUUGCAGCGUAUGGGAAUCGGAUAUGUGAUAAACAUAUUCGCAACUAUCUUAGCAUCACUGACUGAGAGGAAGAGGAAAACAGUUGCAGCACAAUACCACCUUUUGGACAAACCCACAGCUGUAAUCCCCAUCAGUGUGUUUUGGCUUGUUCCACAAUAUUGCAUCCAUGGCCUUGCCGAGGUAUUCAUGAACGUCGGGCAUAUCGAGUUUCUCUACGAUCAGGCACCUGAGAGCAUGAGGAGUACAGCCGCUGCACUCUACUGCUUGACAACCUCCAUCGGAAAUUAUUUGGGGACCAUGGUGGUUUCGCUUGUUCACGAUUACACAGGAAAACAACACAAUUGGCUUCCUGAUCGAAAUCUCAACGAGGGAAGGCUGGAAUACUACUAUUUGCUCGUCUCCGGCAUACAAGUCUUGAACUUCAUUUAUUAUGUUGUUUGUGCCUCGCUCUACACUUACAAACACUUAGAGCAGGUCAAGGAAUGUGAUAAGCAAGAUGAGGAAUUUUAUACUCAUCCUACACCAUCAAAAGUUAUAGUGGACAAGGAUGGAGAAGUUGAACUAUCCAAAACUAAUUAGAUCUGAUACUUAACAAUAGAAAUAGCAGUGUAAUUAAUCGGAUUGUAAUCGUAAUUCAAGCUUAAGUA